GAUCUUUCAUUCGCCGAACCUGCCUGAUGGACGGUCUGUUUCAAGUGUCAGUGCAACAAUGAACACGUCGAGACCACUGAGCUGCAGCCAAGGCGCUUUGUGCAGCACAUAAUUCGUAGUUUAAAUGUCGGACAUCGCUGGUUUCCUUUAAUCCGACCCCGAGUUCUCCCAACAAUGGAUGGAAGGGCUUGGACGAAGUUGUUUGUUGUGUCAGCACAAUGCACGGAACGACGUCAUCCCCGACAUUUAGAUUUGCAAUCCCCGACAGGUUACGGGCCUGCUCCAUCGAAAAAGAAAAUAACUAACCACUGCACUGACGGGGCGAACGAGACCCGUUCGCCAUUAUCCGAGGGCACUCCUGAUCGAAGUGAUUUGCGGCCCCCAGCGUCAGAACCCAAGUGCAUCAGCAAUGCUCGUCAAUUUCUCCACAACGCAAUCCGAUUCUGGUCGCAUUGGACCCAUGCACCCCAGACUGAGACCCCACAAUGGAUGGCAACUCAUCCCGCGUCCGGCCAAAAUAGGAUCUUGGCGAUUGGUGCACGGGCCAGCUCCAUCCCGCGCUCCCACGCGACACAAAACCGAGAGAGUUGUGCCAGGGCCGAAAGAGGCUACCGAGGCACGCGAGCUGCGCUUCGGGUGCCAGCUUCUUGCUUCAAUGUUUCUUUUUCCAACACCGACUUGCCCAACUCGCCUUUCGCCUUUUUUUAUUACUAUAUAGGUACCGAAGCACCGAGGUUGGUAUGCCCGGCCCAGCCAUGCUCGCCCGAGCCAUCCUUGUCAACCGAGGCGGUUCCUCGCCACAAGAUGAACAACUGAGGGAUUUCGGGGUUUGAACCAAGAAUUCCAUUGAGAAAACGGCACUAUCAUCAUAUAUGCAAUGCAAUAUCAGUCAAUACUUCCAAAA